CUUCCAAUCGAAUUUUCUCAUCAAGCUGCUAUAAAACCCAAAGAAAAAAUUGAAUGGCUCCCUUUCUAGCUUCUUUCUGCAUAAUGGUACUGAGCUUUUCAGUAACAUUUGCAAGCGGAAAUAUUGUUGCCAACAAGUCGGAGGAAACAUGCAUUGAUGCAUCCAUCGUGUUAAGUUUUGGUUUGUAUCAAAACAGCUGCCCAGAAGCUGAAGCUAUCAUCUUUUCAUGGGUGGAAAGUGCAGUGUCCCCAGACCCCAGAAUGGCUGCUUCUUUGCUUCGUCUUCAUUUCCACGAUUGUUUCGUUAAUGGAUGUGACGCAUCAGUACUGCUGGACGAUACCCCUAAUUUUACCGGAGAGAAAACAGCCGCACCAAACCUGAACUCAUUAAGGGGUUUUGAAGUGAUUGAUUCCAUCAAAGCUGAUCUAGAAUAUACUUGUCCCCAGACUGUAUCUUGUGCUGAUAUUCUUGCUAUUGCUGCUAGAGAUUCUGUUGUCCUGUCAGGAGGUUUGGGGUGGCAAGUGCAAAUGGGGAGAAAGGAUAGUUUAACAGCUAGCAAAACAGCAGCAAAUAACAACAUCCCUGGACCAAACUCUAAUGUAGCCACUCUUGUUUCCAACUUCCAAAAUCUUGGUCUUUCUCUUCAAGACAUGGUCACUCUCUCUGGUGCACAUACAAUUGGGAAGGCUAGAUGUGCUACAUUUAACUCCAGGCUAAAUGGGGGUAACAAUCCAGACAUGAACUUGGAUUUCUUGCAGUCACUGCAACAACUAUGCUCAGUUAACACUACACUAGCAAAUCUUGAUGACAUGUCCCCAUCAACAUUCGACAAUCAGUACUACGUUAAUCUUCUCUCAGGAAAAGGCUUGCUUGUCUCUGACCAAGUCCUAGCAACUGGAGAUGACAAUACUAGAGAAAUUGUGCAGAAUUAUGUGGACGAUCCAUCUGCCUUUCUUGAGGAUUUUAAGAACUCCAUGCUCAAAAUGGGAAGCUUAGCACCACCAACUGGAACAAAAGGCGAAAUCCGUGUUAAUUGUAGGGUCGUUAAUCAAUUUAAUUAUUAGGGGAAAAAAAAACGUUCUUAUUAGACUACUGUAUUAAUUAAAGUUGGCAGGUAUUAGCCGCAAUGGCCAAAUUUGUAACGUCCCAUUACUAUUGAUAUCAUUAUAUAUAUGUCAUGUGUGUUAAUUUC